AUGAACCCAAUGAUGGUGGUCUUCAAGAUCUUACUGAUUCAUGAACCCAAUUUUGGUGAUCUUCAAGAUCUUAUUUGUGUCAUAUAUGUUCCAAAUUGGCCGUGCUCCCUGCACCCUCACUCUCUGAUCUCCAGUUUGGCUCUUCUUCACUUAUAUGGACUCGACAUCUGGAAAACCUCAGAGGAUUGUCUCACUUUAUCUCCAGACUGUAAAGUAGAAGAUGAGGACAUCACACAGUAUAGUCCAGGAGAAAACCUGGCCACCCAACAAUAUUGUCCAGGAAAAAAUAUCACUACUCAACAAUAUUGUUCAGGAGAAAGCCCCACCACCCAACAAUAUUGUCCAGGAGAAAGCCUAACCACCCAACAAUAUUGUCCAGGAGAGAGCCCCACCACCCAACAAUAUUGUCCAGGAGAAAGCCCCACCACCCAACAAUAUUGUCCAGGAGAAAGCCCCACCACCCAACAAUAUUGUCCAGGAGAAAGCCCCACCACCCAACAAUAUUGUCCAGGAGAAAGCCCCACCACCCAACAAUAUUGUCUAGGAGAAAGCCCCACCACCCAACAAUAUUGUCUAGGAGAAAGCCCCACCACCCAACAAUAUUGUCCAGGAGAAAGCCCUACCACCCAACAAUAUUAUUCUGAGGAACCUCCGACUGUAAGAGAUGGAGCCAUCCUUCAGGCAGAUAACAUGAUUACCUUAACAGAAUCCCAUUCAUCCCAUCUUCAUGAGCAAAACAGUUCAUGCAUGGGUCGGCGGUCCUAUUCCUGUCCCAUUUGCGGAAAGUGUUUUGCCAGAAAGUCUCACGUUGAUAGACACCAAAUGUCUCACACGGGGGAGAAGCCAUUUUCCUGUCCUGAGUGCAGGAAAUGUUUUUCACAGAAGUGCCAUCUUACCAAACACCAGAAAUACCACAUGGGCGAGAAGCCGUAUUCUUGUCCGGAGUGUGGGCAAUGUUUCUCGCAGAAAUCAAUACUAGACAGACAUCACAGAUCCCACACAGGGGAAAAGCCAUAUUCCUGCCCUGAGUGCGGCAAAUGUUUCACGCAGCAGGCCCAUCUUUCCAGACAUCAGAGAUCCCACACGGGCGAGAAGCCGUAUUCCUGCCCCGACUGCGGACAGUGCUAUUCACAGAAAUUACAACUUGUCGCCCAUCAAAUAUAUCACACGGGCGAGAAGCCGUAUUCCUGCUCCGAGUGCGACAAAAGCUUUGUGCGCAAGCAAGAUCUCGCCAGGCAUCACAGGUCUCACACGGGGGAGAAGCCGUAUUCCUGUCCCCUGUGUGGGAAAGGUUUCUCGCAGAAGUCCCAUCUUCCUGGGCAUCUGAGAUCCCACACGGGCGAGAAGCCGUAUUCCUGUCCUGAGUGCGGGAAAAGUUUUGUGUAUAAAGUAGACCUGACUAUCCACCGCAGAUCUCACACGGGGGAGAAGCCGUAUUUAUGUCCCGACUGUGGGAAAUGUUUUUCGAAAAAAGCAGAUCUUUCCAGACAUCUAAGAUCCCAUAAGUCCCCCAAUGCAGAUUAAUGUGCAGGAAAUGUUUUCUGAGACAGACAGACAGACUACAGUUUUGCUCUACGUCAGAAGCUCAGAAGCUUAAAGGUAUUAGGAGGACACCUCAGAAACCACAUGGCAAGAGGGAGGUGCCACUGCUGGUUGAGUUCUUUCUGCAGUAUAGUCUGAUCUCCUCUGCUCUUCAGCCCCAAGCUCUAAACUGCACUAAGCCUAAUAUUUCAUAAAAAAUUUUACCAAAAUUUUUCACCAAGUCGUCGUCUUCUUCUUGUGAUAUAUACACUGUAAUAGCAAAAGAGAGAGAGAAGAGUUAAAUAUUGCUUCUGGCUGAAGAGCAGGGGAGAUCAGACUACACAGAAAAACAAUUUGGUGCAGCAGCCUUUGCUAGGAGAGUGCCAUUGGCUGGGUGUACGUGCCCAGUAUGACAUUUUCAGAUAUAUAAUUUCAUAUUUAUAUCUAAUAAAAAUUGAAUUGUAUUUACAAA